ACCCCGGCGAGGGGAUUAUUAAUUAAUUUUCGUGUUUUUGUUGUUUUUAUCAACAAAAAAAGAUUUUUCAAUUCGUGGAUUAUCAGUCUGAAUGAGCUGCACGCAGUUGCAAUAAUGAAUUGUUAUGGAAUAAGGGAUAUCUCGAGUGUCUGUGUUCACCUGAAGCCCUGCAAGAUGUCAACAAUAAACAACUCGUUGCAUGUGUUUCGAUAAGAACAUUAUUUCCAAUGAUUUAUGAGUGAAUUUGUGAAUAAUAGCAGCCAUGACUGCUGCAGAACACUUUAUCAGUUUAAUUACGGUAGCGAGUGCUAAAAAAUUGGCAACAGCUCUUGUUGCUUGCUUUGUUUUGUAUCAUGGGUUGAUUCAUCUUAUUUAUGGUAGUGAUUCUUGCAAAUGGUUGCUGGAGGAGGGAAGAUACAAAGGGGACAAGGAAUGGCAGCCCUAUGGGUGCAUGAUGCAUCACUACACCCAAACGGACAGCAGAAGAUGUCUGAGGUAUUUAGCCUUCAUGGGCCACAAGAAUCACUUUGUCUUCGCUGGAGACGAGAGAAUUCGCCAGUUGUACAAAUCAUUUGUGCUGCAGUUCGUUGUCGAUGGAAAGGGAUCAGAUCCAUCAGAUUAUCCCCCAACGUCUGACUUGAAUUUUCACGACGCCCAGUUGAGAUUGAACGUCCAGUUUCUGUGGAGGCCGAGGUUGGACGUCUCAAUGAUCACGGAUUUUCGAAAUUGGAUGACAGGCGAAGCACCAGCAAUGAUAGUGGCAGGCUGCGCAGCAGCCGACAUUCUCUCCCACAACGCAAGCCACACUCGCCUGUACUCAGAAUACAGCAAUGGCCUCGUCCGCCUGGUCCAGCCGGCGGACGCCCUCGUCAAGCGAGGCUCGCAGUUCCUCUGGAUGAUGCAGGACCCAGUCCUCAAGGAGAAUCUGCCAGCUCACCUCACUGGCCUCGACAACAAGCAGAUCAAUCUCUGCAACAAGGCUGCCUACGAAGUUCUGCUGCACAGUGGGGCUCAUCUCUGGGAGAGCAGUAGACUGAUCGGCCAAGGGGUCCUCGAACAGAGUCCCGAUGGAUUCCUAGCCAGCCCCUCCUCCCUCAGACACAAAAUUCAGAUUUUACUCAACACCCACUGCAACGACCACAUGAAUUUUGGGGAUGGCACUUGCUGCAGCAGCCCAGAACCUGCCACCACUCUUCAGUUGGUCACCCUUGCUGCUAUGGCUGUUUGUGUUGUGACCGGCGGAAGCUACUGGCUAUUCCGUAAAAUAUUCCACAGAACUGAGGUACUGUAUUCCCGAGUGGUAACAGCAGAGGUGGAAGCAGCUGACGACAAUAAUGAGCCGGAAGGUCCCAAAGAAGAACCUCAAGCCAACGAUUUCUACAGUUUGAUCACAUCCCUGGCUAUUUUCUCGUGCAUCCUCGGAUAUUUUUAUCUGUGUGACAGAACAAAUUUCUUCAUGAAGGAGAACAAAUACUACAGUGAAUUCAGCUUCUGGUUGCCACUGGGGUACAUCCUCGCUUUGGGAUUAUUCUUCACUGAGGACUGUGAGAGGGGCCCCAGGGCUCUCAACCGCGAGCAGACGGACGAGUGGCGAGGGCUCAUGCAGGCUGUUGUCCUGAUAUACCACGUCACUGGUGCCAGCAAUGUUUUACCUAUUUACAUGCACCUGAGGCUGAUAAAUUCAGCUUAUCUUUUUUUAUCUGGGUAUGGACACUUCUGCUACUUCUGGCAGACUGGAGAUGUCUCAUUAGUUCGUCUCACGAGGGUGCUCUUCAGACUGAACGCCCUCGCAGUUUUCCUGUGCUUCUGCAUGAACCGACCAUAUCAAUUCUACCACUUCGUGCCCCUCGUCUCCUUCUGGUUCUGGGUGGUUUAUUUUCUCGCCUGGUUACCACCAAGAGUCUACUCAGGAAGUCUCACUGAGCAUGGACCUCGUGCCCUGCUCUAUCUGGCGCUGAAGCUCAUAGGAUUGGUCUCAGUGAUCACUGUCCUCUACACGUCAGAGGUCUUCUUCGAGAAGGUCUUCGUGACUCGACCCUGGAAGGCACUCUUCGUCACCACUGACGACGACAUCAGGGAGUGGUGGUCUCGGUGGAGAGUGGACAGGUACAGUGUGGCCUUCGGAGUUGCCUUCGGUGCUGCUCUCCUGGCCCUCCAGAGGAUGGACCACAUUCCAGGAAGUGCUCUGGCUCCACUAGUCGCCAUUGUCUCUCUUGCUGCUUAUACAACUCUUACGAUACUCUGUGUGUCUGUUGCCGAGUGCGAGGAGAUUCAUUCUUAUAUUGUCUUCAUACCGAUCGUUGGCUACAUAAUCCUGAGGAAUUCCUCUCUGGCACUGCGAGGAAAAUACUCAGUUCUACUAGCUGGACUUGGCAGAAUAAGCCUAGAGACACUAGUGGGCCAGGGUCACGUGUGGCUGGCAGCCGAUUCCCACGGGGUACUCGUGCUACUACCGAGGUUUCCAGUUCUCAAUCUACUGGUUUCUUCGUUCAUCUUCAUAUGCGCUAGUCACGAGAUCCACAGGUUGACAGUCAUUCUUGCACCCUAUGCAGUGCCAAACGAUUGGAAACUAGUGAUGAGGAAUUCUUUGCUGUUCCUUGCUGUGUUAGUUCCCAUUGGAAUUCACGAUGGGAUGAUUUAGGACAUUGGGGCCACAAAAAAGAUAACAAUAAUUGAUUAAUUGUGUUAGCAGUGAAUUGCAAGGAGAUGAUUCAACUGUACUUCAAGUUCGGGUUUUAAUUGUAAUUCUAAUUUUCGCACAAGACUUUUUGUUAUUUAUUCUCGGGUUGUGAAUAUCGAGGGAUGAGGGCUGUUAACUGAAUGCUAAAGGAACUUAAGCUAUUUUUAAUUAUCAACUCUAAAAUAGAAUUCGAUUUUGAGAGCAUCACCAUGAGGUUUAGUGAUAUUUAUCAAAAAAUUAUCUUGAAGUUUAGCUCCCUCAUUCUGUUUUACUACUUGACAACUAAUUUGAAAUGUUGAAACCUCUUAGUCUCAUGACUUCAAUUUUUAGAUAUUUUUAGAAUAUUUUUUUCAAUUGUAAGGCCGCAUGAAAAUGACACUACGACAUCAGUCAAUUUAUAAUAAUUUCCUCAUUUGUAUUUAUUGGUGAUAUGUAUUUACAAUUUAUUUAUAAAAAAAAGGUAAACUCAUCUAUUCCCGCCAGCAGGAUCUGCACUUUACCAAAAAUCCAAACUCUCUCGUUCAACUCAAUUCAUUUACAAUAAUGAAUGAAUAAUUUCGGUCAAUCCUUCGUCUUGUCCUUCUUCCCAUGUUUCACCUGGCUCGUGUAAACAUCGUACCCCAGGGAAAUUGUAUUGUCGUAAAGAACUCGAUAUCGAGUUGGUAAAAAGUAGAAGUUGAAUAUCUGGGCUGGUGGCCAGAUAAUCCACUCUGCUAAGUACAAUUUGUGAAAUUUUUCUCGCAUCUCAGCUUUCAAAUCCGGCCAGCUUGUGUUUUCUAGGAUACCCAGGGUGACGAAGAACACACCGAUGUACAGGGGUGAACAUAUCAACUGGUCCAAGACCAGUUUCUUCAUUACAAUGCCUAUUGUUUUGCCUGGCAUCCUGGCGUCGAGGUAGUUGUACCAGUGGUGGCAGAUUAUUCCCACUGUCAUGCCGGAUAUCGCCAUGUGCUGGGUUCGAAGGGGACUCCAGGCGUUCCAUUCUCCCUGAAGAUUAAAAUCAAACGAUUCAGGCUCUCCUUAUGACAAUCAGCGUUUAACAAUUGACAAAAUUUGAGAGGUCAGUAGUGAAAUUAUUUAUAUUCUGCCCUUCAAAGCUGUUUAGUUAUUUCAAGAAUGAGUGGGUCUAGGAGAAAAUGUGAGAAGACAUUUUUUGUGGAGAA